AUCCGACUUGUGAGUGCCCAUUCACGUUAUUCUGGUCUAGGUAGCGGACCUUGUGGAAAGGACGUCAGAGUGACUUUCGCUGGAACCUUGGUUAUAAGAUGAUGUGUUUUAUCUUCACAUGCGGUCGUACUUUGAACUUUCUGUGGCUGUCAUUGUAACCUGCCUACAGCCAACUCGUCAAGUAUGGCGUGAGCUCGUCCCAGAAAUUGGGAAAAGGCUUGGAUAUGGGCCCUCGAUACACGCCCCACCCUCAAGAGACUUAUCGUUACCGUCUAGUCUUGUAUCAGCACCUUAGUUAGUAUCACCACCGUUA